AUGGCGUUCUUCCUACGACGCCCUUUCGCCGUUCCAGCGGCUCUUCGUCAAGCACCUAAAGCUGUGAACACAGCUCGGUUUAUUCACAACUCGCCCAUCAAGCCCUCUCAAUCCAAGCCUCUCGGCUCCAUCUCAUCUUCCAUCUUCGCAAAGUCCAGACAGACCUUCCAGAAUGCUUUCCGCCGCACAUACAUGCAGCCUGCAUACAGUACCACUCAGGGCGGUAACAUGUCGCAGAGACUGCUUUAUGGAGCAGCUAUCGUUGGUGGAACUAUCCUGGCGACAAACUUCAUCUUUAACCGAGAGACGAGGGAGGAUGGUGGCAUGCCUCAUUACGAAAGGAGCUUUUUGAACGACACAUUCAUACACACUGGCCUUGGAAUCGGUAUUAUUGCUGUUGCUGCUAGAGCUUUGCACAUGAAUGGCUGGUCGUACCGCCUGAUGGCCAUGAACCCUUGGGCCGUUGUCGGUUUGGGCUUGGUCGGUAGCAUCGGAACUAUGUACGGCACUAUGUACACUUCUCCUGACAACUACAUGAUGAAAUAUGGUCUUUGGACCGCCUUCAACAUCACUCAGGCUGCGCUUCUUUCUCCCCUGAUGUUCAUGCAUCCGGCUCUGCUGGCUCGCGCUGGCCUCUACACCGUUGGAAUGAUGGGUUCGAUCGCCUUUAUCGGCGCUACCGCCAAGCAGGAGAAGUACUUGUACCUCGGUGCUCCCCUUCUUGCCGGUGUGACCAUCGUUGCUCUUUCUGGCUUUGCCCCUCUCGUCCUUCCCGCCACUGCCACCCGCACCCUGAUGUGGUCCGAGAAGAUCUGGCUCUAUGGUGGUCUCGCAGUUUUCGGUGGUUUCACUCUCUAUGACGUGCAGAAAAUCCUACACCACGCCCGUUUGGCCGAAAGAGGUCUGAUUCGCAGGGACGUCGUCAAUGAGAGCAUCAGCCUCGAAUUGGAUUUCAUCAACAUCUUCGUCCGUAUGGUCCAGAUUUUGGGAAUGCAGCGCUCCAACCGGAAAUAA